GAGUUUAUGGGAUGUUGUUGAGUUUCUGGUAUGCCUAAAUCUAAUGCAAGUUAUUUGCUAGAUGCCGGGUACAAUUAUGGCAAUGGGAAGGCUCAACCGACCGAGUAUUAUGAUUUACGGGGGAACAAUCAAGGUUUGUCACCUUGCUCUGUCUACCUUAUUUAGAUUCAAAGUUAUAGAAAAAUCAUAGAAAAAUUUAUUGGGAAAAGGUGACUUGUUUUGAAAUUCUAAUAUUAGACACUUUGUGACAUUCUGCGUCCCAAUCAAUAAGGUUUUGCUCUAUAUGAUGAAUCUACGAAAGCAGAAAGUAAUCAUUCUCUUAAAAAUGUUGGAUCUUUUCUGAGUUGUAUGCAAACAUAUUACUUUUACGCAUAUGACUUUUGUUGUCAAUUUCUUGUAUCUUCAAGUUUUUGGACCUAUAAAUGGAGAAAACAUUAGAUGAAAUGACUUGGUACAGAGUAUCAGUGAGAGCAAGGCUGAUCCUUUUUCACUGGAUAUACUUCGCCUGGUACAUCUUGUAGGUGUUUAUCUGCUGCUUCAUUUUUUUUCCUCUUUUUUUAUUAUUCCUUUUUAACACAUCACCAUUUUUAUUAUACUCAGUUGCAGUUAAGUGUUCUAUUUGACUCUUCUGUAAACCUAUAGUGGUAUAGAUUGUGAAUUUUAAAGAUGCGGUCAAUUUACCUUUUUGGAUAAUGUUCUUUUUUCAGCCUGGUCAUUUUCAAGGCCAUACGUAUGAUAUCAUAUCUGCCUUCCAGGUAAGCAUAGAGAAUUUGCUAUUCUAAUACACUUUGUUGAUUGAUUACUUCAUUUAGAAUAUGUAUAUUAACAAAUUAAUUUGAUCUUUUACCUUGUUUCUGAUUUUCUAUUCUCCUAUUUCAUUUUUCACCUAAUGUUUAUACAACUUUUAAGGAUGGAAUAAAGAAUAACUAAUGUUGUUGGAGACUUGGAGCUUAUCAACAUCAAGUUCUUUUGUCAUGUGUAGAACUUCAUUUAAUAAUUAGUGUUUUGUAAU